UAAAGUCAGUGGGCUUUCCAAUUCUACCCGGCUUAUUUUGUAAUUAAAAUAAAUAUGUAUAUUUGUAUUGUUACUACCAAUAAUAAGUUUUUGCAAGACAAUUAAAACUUUGUGCUAUAGUUUCAGUACAAAGUAUUAAUUCCUAUUCUUUGAACUUCUGAAUGGUUUCACUGAAGAAUUUACCGGGUAACUUUUUGCUGAAGUAACGAAGGUUCUUUCAAUAGAAUACAAAAUCGAUGGCCAAGCCAAUUACGUUUGUGACAGGAAAUGCAAAGAAGCUGGAAGAAUUUGUAGCAAUUUUAGGGAAAAACUUUCCAAGGGAAAUUGUUAGCAAGAAGGUGGAUCUACCCGAAUAUCAAGGAGAGAUAGAUGACAUUUGCAGAAACAAAUGCCGAGUUGCUGUGGAAAUCAUUAAAGGACCGGUCAUCGUCGAGGACACUUGCUUGUGUUUCAAUGCUUUGAAAGGUCUUCCAGGGCCAUACAUUAAAUGGUUUCUUGAGAAAUUGGGGCCAGAAGGCUUGUACAGGCUACUAGAGGGCUGGUCCGAUAAAACUGCGGAAGCAGUAUGCACCUUUGCUUAUAGUGCAGGAAGUAAAGACGAUCCUAUACUUUUAUUUCGGGGUUCCACCCAGGGAACUAUCGUCAGUCCUAGAGGGCCAAGAGGAUUUGGCUGGGAUCCUUGUUUUCUGCCAAAUGGCAGAAAUGCAACUUAUGCUGAAUUAGAUACAGAUGUUAAAAAUAAAAUAUCUCACCGAUAUAAAGCUGCCGAGCAGCUGAAGCAACAUUUUAUAUUAGCGGCUGAAAAUGGACUAGAUUAGGGAUUCAAAAGAUUCUAUGGCAAAAAAUGUAUAAAAAAUAAAAAAUUCCACCGAA